CUCAAUUGAGAGAUAAAAAAACACGCGCUUCUCUUUCUGUACAAAUCAAAACAAGAGGUAUUAAAUAAUUUUACCUCUGUACUGGUAGCCGUGAGCUUAUAAAUACAAUUUGGAUUUUGGUAUUCAAUUUACUUAAGUCUUGAAACGCAAAAGGUGAAGACGUAAAAAUUUGGUGGAAAGGUAGUGAAGAAAUCAUGGAUACGUGGAUAUAUCUUCUAGUGGGUGUACUGGGCUUUGCUUGGUACUAUAUAAAGAGAUCAUACAACUACUGGAGUGAUCGGAAUGUUCCCGUUGUUGCACCUACAUUCCUUGUGGGGAACCUUGACCCCUUGGGAAGGAAACAUUUCUCGAAGCUCAUUAAAGAAUCCUACGACACUUAUAAGAAACAAUCUGACUUUGUUGGUUUCUACUUCUUCACAUCACCACGCAUAAUUCCAACUAACUUGGAUGUUAUUAAGAAUAUUUUGAUCAAAGACUUUAAUAACUUCGCCGACAGGAAGGUGUACUACAAUGAAGAAGAUGACCCACUUUCGGCACACUUAUUCAGCCUUCGUGGUGAGAAAUGGCGCGUAUUUAGGCAACAGUUGUCACCUACAUUUACAUCUGGAAAGAUGAAGAUGAUGUACCCAUUGGUGGUUAAGCAUACCGACGCAUUAAAUUCAUAUUUAAGGAAACAUAUGCAUGGCGAACCAAAGAAUUUCAGGCAUGUUUGUGCUCGCUUUGCAGCUGAUGUUAUUGGACUCACUGCAUUUGGGCUUGAGUGUAAAGCAUUGGAGCAGGACGAUACGGAAAUUCUUAGGAUGAGCGAACUUUUCUUCAACUUUAACACCAUUGCCAAACGCCUUAAAUUCUUCUUCUUCCUUACAUUUGAGGAUUUAGCUAAGACAUUACGUCUUCGCUUUAAUCCUAUGGAAAUGGAAAAUUUCUUUAUGAAGGUCAUCAGGGAAACGGUACAACAUCGUGAGAGUGGAAAGGUGGAUCGGAAUGAUUUUGUAAAGCUGCUGCUUCAAGUGAAAAAUAACAAGGAUAAGUCGAUUACACAGAGUAUGACUUUCAAUGAAAUGGCAGCUCAGGCGUUCAUUUUCUUCUUUGGCGGUUUCGAAACAACAUCCAUGACCAUGCAGUAUUGCUGUGCUGAAAUAGCACGCAAUCAGGAGAUACAGGAUCGUGUGCGUCAGGAGACACGCGAAGUUUUGAAGAAGUACAACGGAGAAUUGACUUAUGAAGCUUGUCAGGAGCUCACCUACUUGAGACAAUGCAUAGAUGAAACUCUGAGGAUGUAUCCACCUGGAUUUACUUUAUUCCGAUCUGCAAUCAAUGACUACAAAGUCCCUAAUUCUUCUUUGGUCAUUGAAAAGGGGAUGCAAGUUUUCAUUCCUGUCUAUGCUAUCCACAUGGAUCCAGAAAUUUAUCCUAAACCCAACGUUUUUGACCCUGAUCGCUUUACGCAGGAGAACAUUAAAAAUCGUCACCCAAUGGCCUACAUACCUUUCGGUGAUGGACCAAGGAAUUGCAUCGGGAUGCGUUUUGCUCUGAUGGAGUUGGCUGUAGCCAUAUCAAGUAUCGUUGACAAUUUUAAAUUAACUCUCAAUCCGAAAACUAAGACACCUUUUCAAUUCGACCCCAAAGAGAUUAACAUCUACCCUGAGGGUGGCAUUUACAUUGAUGUCCAAUCCUUAAAAUGAAAAUAUUCUGCGGAUUUUAAUUGUUAACGCUGAAAAGCAAUAUUUUUGUUUGUUAAAAAUAAAGUUUGUUCUAAAAUCCUUUACAUAACAUUAUUCUUUAAUUAAAAAGUUUAACAAUCUUCUUCGGUUUUUCAUGGAAUUUUGCACACUAAUGCUUUUCAAAGCUUUGUCAUUAAAUUUUGCUGUUUACCUUUGACAGUGCAUAUUGUACAAACAAGUAUGUAACCGUAUGGUUGGCAUAGUAUAUCACUGGUUUUUGUGUACUGGAACAUCAUAAAUCCUAUCCUCGUACGUACCUAUAUGAAAAUUUCAAAUGUCAUGUGCGUAGUGAUUGAACUGCAAAAGUUUGUACUUGCCUCAAACUGAUUUAUUUGUCGGUAAAAAAAGUCAGAGAAGAAGUAAAGUGCAACCGUGUUUCGCAUUUCAAACACACAUACAGAAAUACAUCUACUAUAUAAUGGAAAAGUUCAUUAAAAUUUCAAAUAGCAUUUCCUCUAACAUUUUUCACGUCGUGACACUACCCUU